AUGUCGUCUAACCCUGUCGCCUCGUCCACCUGGAGCCCAGAGCCUGACGGCGCCUACCCCCUCCAGACAUUCAGAAGCUCAGCCAACAUGUCCGCCGGACGCAGCUCGCCUGCUCCCUCCUAUCAUUCGCAGACCGAGAAUGGGUUCGCUGCCUUCCGCUCGCGCAAUUCACGCGCCAGAUUUAGCCGCUUCGGUCAGAACAAUGCCCGCGACUCGGAGGAGCAACAGGGGCUACUCCAAAAUAGCGAGGACGACAUAUCUCGCCGUCCCGAUGGCUUGAAGCGUACAGACACCACUCCGCGCCAUUCCGAGGAUCAUCGUCGCCAGUAUGGCUCGCACGUCGACUCGGAUGGCAUCCCUGCUACAUCCUCCCACCACGUCGUCCAGCUCGGCUCGCGCAGAGCCGGCUUGAUAGCAUCGCUCUUCUCGUCCAAGGAUCGCAAACCUCGCGACCUGAGCAGAUCCAUCAGCUUCGCCGACUCCGAUCGAGUCCGCUCCAGAUACGCCGCCAACGUCGUGCGCAACCAGAAGUACAACAUCCUCACCUUCGUGCCCAAAGUGCUUUACGAGCAGUUCAAGUUCUUCUUCAACCUCUACUUCCUCCUCGUAGCCCUUAGUCAGUUCAUUCCAGCACUCAAGAUCGGUUUCAUCGCUACCUACGUCGCUCCCCUUGCCUUCGUCCUCUGCAUCACCAUCGGCAAGGAGGCAAUCGACGACUGGGCGAGGUACAAACGGGAUGUCGAGAGCAACAGCGCUCCCUACAAGCUGCUCGUUCCCAAUGUCUCUGCCCUUGCAAAGGCGCAAUCGCGUCUCGCACGCAAGGCUAGUCCCAACAAGCCUCUCUCCCUCGGUAGCGAUCUCGGACAGUCCCGAGUCGUCCAGGUGCCUAGCAGCAAGAUCAAGGUCGGCGACCUCGUCGUACUCGACAAGAACCAGCGUGUUCCCGCAGACAUGGUCCUCCUGCAAACCUUUUCGACGGACGCUGCCAUUGGUACGGGCGGCGGCUCGGUCGCGCCCACGCCCAUGGACGAUGAUGCGCAGUUCGUCCUCGGCGAUGAUGACGAUGGCGAGACAAGCCUCGACAAAGCAGCCGAGACUAGCUCGGGCAAGUCUGGCCCCGCGUCGCAAGACCAAGGCGACUCGAGCGCACAGGGCUCCAAUGGCAGCUGCUUCAUCCGCACCGACCAGCUCGACGGAGAGACCGAUUGGAAGCUUCGCAUCGCCGUCGAGCUCACACAGCGCAUGCCAACCGACGACUUGGCUGUGCUCGGCGACCGCGCCGUGGUCUUUGCUGGCCCACCCAUCAAAGACAUCCACUCUUUCCUCGGCAAUCUCACGCUGCAUACACCACCUGAUGACGGAUGUUCAACACCGCCACCCACCCUACAUCGCUCCGGUCCUGCUGUCGGCGACCUUCUCGGCGGCGCGGCUGAUGGCGCAGGCCCGGCCCGCGGCUCGAUAGAUUCGCAUCCUGCCGACACCGUCAUCCCCAUGAGCCAGCAGCCUCAGGUGGCCCCUCUCACCGCCGAGAACGUUCUGUGGGCCAACACCGUCUUAGCAGCGGGCACCGCCGUCGGCAUGGUCGUCUACACUGGACGAGAGACCAGGGCGGUCAUGAACACAUCCUAUCCCGGCACCAAAGUUGGCCUCUUGGAUCUCGAGAUCAAUCGGCUUUCCAAGAUCCUGUGCGGUGUCACCUUUGCGCUCUCCGUCUGCCUAGUGGCGCUUAAUGGCUUCAAGGGCGAGUGGUGGAUCUACAUCUUCCGCUUCCUCAUCCUCUUCUCCUCCAUCAUCCCCAUCAGUCUGAGGGUCAACCUCGACAUGGGAAAGACCGUGUAUGCACGACAGAUCAUGCACGACGACGAGAUCCCAGGCACCAUCGUAAGAACGUCGACGCUGCCAGAGGAGCUCGGCCGGAUCGAGUAUCUGCUCUCCGACAAGACCGGCACGCUCACGCAGAAUGAGAUGGAGCUCCGCAAGCUGCACAUGGGCACCAUGAGCUACAGCUGGGACAGCAUGGACGAAGUCACCUCGCAACUCGCCACCGCUCUCCAGCAGCACUACGGCAAUGCGGCCCAGCCUGGCAGCCCGACAAAGCCAACACCGGGAAGCGGCAGCGCCGCGCAGCAACCCAUCUCCCUCACCACGGCAGGUGCUAUGCUCGCCGGCCGUGGCCGUCGCGACAUGAGCUCGCGAGUCAAGGACGUCGUCCUCGCGCUCGCACUCUGCCACAACGUCACGCCAGUCGUAGAGGCCGAGGGCACCAUCACCUACCAAGCUUCGUCUCCAGACGAGGUGGCCAUCGUGCGCUGGACCGAGUCGGUGGGCCUCAGCCUCGUGGCGCGCGACCGCAAGUCCAUGUCGCUGCGCGCCACAGACGGAUCGACGCUCCACUUUGACAUCCUCGAGGUGUUCCCUUUCACCUCCGAGUCCAAACGCAUGGGCAUUGUCAUUCGAGAACGCGCAAGCGGCGAAAUCACCUUCUACCAGAAGGGCGCCGAUGUAGUCAUGGCCAAGAUCGUGGCGCAGAACGACUGGCUCGACGAAGAGUGUGGGAAUAUGGCGCGCGAGGGUCUGCGAACGCUCGUGGUCGGGCGAAGGAGGCUGACACACGACAACUGGCUGGCAUUCGAACGCGCCUACAAGGCGGCGCGAGUGCAGGUCGAGGAUCGCAACGAAGCCAUGGCGCGCGCCAUCGAGGAGCAUCUCGAGAACAACUUGGAGCUGCUCGGCCUCACGGGAGUCGAGGACAAGCUGCAGGAAGACGUCAAGAUGACGCUCGAGCUCCUGCGCAAUGCGGGCAUCAAGGUGUGGAUGCUCACCGGCGACAAGAUCGAGACGGCCACGUGCAUCGCCAUCUCGUCCAAGCUCGUUGCGCGCAACCAGUACGUGCACCAAGUGGCCAAGCUCCGCACGCACGAUGCGGUGCGAGACAUGCUCGACUUUCUACGCUCCAAGCUCGACUGCUGUCUCGUCAUCGACGGCGAGUCGCUGCAGAUGUGCCUCGACUCAUUCCGCGAUGAGUUCAUCGAGCUGGCCACGCAGCUCUCGGCGGUGGUGGCGUGCCGAUGCUCUCCGACGCAAAAGGCGGACGUGGCGCGCCUUAUCCGCUCGCACACCAAGAAGCGCGUGUGCUGCAUCGGCGACGGUGGCAACGACGUGUCAAUGAUCCAGGCUGCCGACGUAGGACUGGGCAUCGUCGGAAAGGAGGGCAAGCAGGCUUCACUGGCAGCCGACUUCUCCAUCACUCAGUUCAGCUUCCUCACCAAGCUGCUCGUGUGGCAUGGACGCAACUCGUACAAGCGCUCUGCCAAGCUUGCGCAGUUUGUCAUCCACCGCGGCCUCAUCAUCUCGAUCAUCCAGGCGGUGUUUUCGAGCAUCUUCUACUUUGCUCCCAUCGCGCUCUACCAGGGCUGGCUCAUGGUGGGCUACGCCACCGUGUACACCAUGGCGCCGGUGUUUUCGCUCGUGCUCGAUCGCGACGUCAGCGAGGAUCUGGCUCUGCUGUAUCCCGAGCUGUACAAGGACCUGACCAAGGGCCGCUCGCUUUCGGCCAAGACGUUUACCACGUGGCUCAUGAUCUCGACGUACCAGGGAGGCGCGAUCAUGAUCCUCUCGCUGCUGCUGUUUGAGAACGAGUUCCUCAACAUUGUCUCGAUCUCGUUUACCGCGCUGGUCGUCAACGAGCUCAUCAUGGUCGCCUUGGAGAUCACCACCUGGCACGUCUACAUGAUCCUCUCCGAGAUCGUCACGCUCUUCUUCUACUGCGUCAGCAUCGUCUUCCUGCCCGAGUUCUUCGACCUCGGCUUUGUGCUGUCGUACCGCUUCCUUUGGAAGACCGCCGUGAUCGUCGCCGUCAGCAGCUUACCUCUCUACGUCUGGCGCGAGGUGCGCAAUCGUCUCGCGCCGCCGAGCUACAGCAAGCUCGCCAUGGCCUGA